AUGAAACGAAGAUUUGCGAAUGGAGGAUGUGGUGAAGUGGAAUUGACGAGGAAGAGGAAGAGGAAGGUGUGUGGGUUAUGGUCGUUGCCAGAUGAUGUGGCGUUGACCUGCCUGGCUAAACUGUCGAGAGUGGACCUCGCUGCCUUAGCGAUGGCUUCCAAGAUACACCGGCCUCUGGUAGUGUCCCCUGAGCUCUGGAACUUGAGGUGGCGGAUGGGUUGCGUCGAGCCAUGUCUGUACGUGUUCUUGCACAUCUUUCCAGACCCAUGGCCACGGUGGUUCAUCUUCCACCCCGCGAAACGUCGGCUGAAACGGAUCUUUUCGAAACUGUACCCGGCUCCGGAGUCAGGGUCCUGUUUCGUGGCGAACAGUUGGGGAUUCUUUGUCAUCGGCGGACUCAAGAACGGAAAACCCACUUCGGAGGUGACGUUUUUCGACUGUUUCCAGCACAGAGUGUACCGCUUCCCGCCCAUGAUGAUGGCUCGAUGCGGAGCCUCGGCAAGCCAGAUAGACGACAAGAUAUACGUGUUCGGAGGUGUGGCUGAUUCCGAAUCCGAUUCCUCAAACUAUGUAGAGGUGUUUGAUCUCAGGACAUUAACUUGGGAGUUGUUGUCUGUGUCUACACCACCCAAGAUGCCCCUCAAAAUCCAGCGAAGUGCGGUGGUGAAAGAGAAGAAGGAGAUUUGCGCGGUGGAUGAGAAGGGUCAAAGCUUCUUCUUUUCACCGGAAAAACGUAUGUUUGUGGCAACCGGAAAAACAGAUUCUAAGGCACGACACAGAAACCAUUGGUGUUCCAUGGGGUCAUUCUUAUUCUGCCACGAUUCCCGCCACCGGAGAAUACUGUGGUGUUUGCCACGUGACUUGGAUUGGAAGGAAGUGAAGGGUUUACAAGAGCUCCGUGGUUAUGACAUCUGCAAACUCUGCACCAACCGUGCCGGCAAGGUUUUCAUCUUUUGGAAAGUUCCUCAGACUCUGGAGCUUUGGUCUGCCCCGAUCUCCCUCCGGCAACGCGAGACACCCGAGGGACUCGAGCUUUCGGGCGACAUUGACUGGUACCGUGCUCUCCUCCAACACUCUUGUCUCGGCGUUAACUUGUUACAUGCUGGUUUUGCCUAUACCUGA